AUGAUUCAAAUCAGUGGAACCGAUUACAGAGGAUUUUUAAUUCAAGUACGACAAGUUUCCGACAACGGAAUCGUAGGGCAAUGGACUUCGUUCCCCAGUAAUACAAAGUCACUAGAUUGUGGCGGCACAAGUAAUAGUGCUACACAUAGCAAUAAUAUUAAUAAAGCCAAUGUACAACUUACAUGGAUGCCGUCGGGUAAUUAUGGACCAGUGUAUAUCAUGAUGACUGUUGUUAGAACACAAUUGGUGUUUUGGGUUGGAAUUCGAACGAUGAACUUUGAAUAUGUUUCACCUUGCAUCACCAACCCUUGCUUGAAUGGAGGUGUGUGUACACCAACCGGUACAACGUUCGUGUGUACCUGCGCCACUGGAUGGACGGGUACGACAUGCUCAACUUCAGAUCCUUGUAGUACCUGCUCAGUGAAUGAAGUCUGUACUCAGAACACUCAAGGACAGUUUAGUUGCAGUCUAGUUGGCCCCUGCAGCAAUUACAACUGCCCUGAUGGUACUAUUUGCGUGGCCUCGGGCUCAUCAGCUACGUGUGAAAGCGUCAGUCCAUGUGAUUCCCUCCUUUGCCCAGUCAAUAGUGUAUGUGUUCCAUCUGGUUUGACUGCUUCUUGUUACUAUGGUGAAACGUGUAGUCCUAAUCCAUGCCUCAACGGAGGUACAUGUACCCCGUCGGGUAACUCUUAUAUUUGUGCGUGUGUUCCAGGCUACUCAGGAACAAUUUGCGAAAAUUUUUUUCAGAAUCAGACGGGCUGUAACCCAAAUCCUUGUAGGAACGAUGGUGCAUGCUUUGAAUUCUCCGAACCAAACAGCGAGCAAGUUCUUGUGGGCUUUUACUGCGAAUGCACACAAGAUUGGACGGGCACUCUCUGUGAAAGUUCAGGACCCUGUUCUUCGAACCCGUGUAUGAAUGGAGGUGGCUGCUCAAACCAAGUUGUUAGUGGCGCAAGUUACUACACGUGUGCCUGUACUACAUCUUUCACCGGUGAUAACUGUGCGAUACCAGUUAUAUUACCAUGUGACCCAAAUCCUUGUCAAAAUGCUGGAACAUGUACAGUGGUUUCAACAACAGUUAAUGCAAAUGGCUACACAUGUGCUUGUACAUCAUUCUUUUUUGGUGAUCAGUGUCAAAUACAAAACCCAUGCUUGGACAGUCCCUGCCAGAACGGUGGAACUUGUAAUACUAAUGAUGAUUUCACUAUAGUUUCAUGCCUUUGUACUUCUGGGUAUACAGGCUUUGAUUGUGCCACAUCUGCACCGUGUACGAGCCAGCCCUGCAUGAACGAUGGCUUAUGCACGAUGGAUGUAGAUGUUACACUCUACACAUGUUUCUGCCAGUCUUCUUACUUUGGAAAACAGUGCGAAAUUCCUGAUCCAUGUCUUAGCAAUCCAUGUUUCAAUAACGGCGUUUGCCUAACAAAUACCGAUGGGACGUACUUCACAUGCAUUUGCUCUAGCUUCUACAUGGGUGAAUUUUGUGAAUAUACUAAUUUGUGUGCAGUCGAACCUUGUGAAAACGGUAACUGUCAGGUUUUGGGCAACACCCAAUUUAAUUGUAUUUGCUGGUCUGGUUGGAGAGGUAAUCUGUGUGCUGAACGUGAUUAUUGCUCUGAGGUUCCAGCUGUGUGUCAAAAUGGAGGAACGUGUGCUGUGAGCGGCUCCUCGUACGUGUGUUUUUGUCUGGACACAUUCACUGGCACCAACUGCGAGAUUGAAGUCUUGCCAUGUGACAGCAACCCUUGCCAGAAUGGCGCGACUUGUUUAGACCUUAUAAUGAUGGACACUACUUAUCAAUACUUAUGUAUGUGUCCAACCGGAUGGACUGGUGUCAACUGUGCAACACUGUCUUUGGCUUGUCUUAGUCAACCAUGCUUAAAUAAUGGGGUAUGCGAGGAAGUUUCAGCAACGAACUCAUACAUGUGCGUAUGCAGUGCCAUGUGGCGCGGCCUACAGUGUGCCACACGUGUUCUGCCGUGUGAGAGCAAUCCUUGUCAGAAUGGAGGAACCUGCACUGAUGUCGUCAGUGGCACUGCGUUCGCUUACAUAUGCUUUUGUCGGAAUAAUUGGCAAGGAGAUAAUUGCGAGAACCGUAAUAACCCGUGCACUAGCAGUCCGUGCUUAAACGGUGGCACGUGUUCCAGUACGUAUGAUGAUGCUGUGGACAUAUCCUUCUACACAUGUGCAUGUUUGCAAGCAUAUACCGGUACAGUGUGCGAGACAUCUGUGAUGCCAUGUACUGUAAAUGAUCCAUGUUUAAAUGGAGGAACUUGCGUGAAUUCCGUUGAUCCUGAUACUGGAUUAAACACAGCUGAAUGCCAAUGUGCAAUACCGUGGGGCGGACCUACUUGUGCACAGGUUGAUUAUUGUAUUUUGUCCCCUUGCUCCAAUAACGGCACUUGUUCUUCAACCCUUGGUAGUGUGGAUGUAUCAUGUGUGUGUACACCUGAAUGGAUGGGUUCUAAAUGUCAGACACCUGUGAUGCCAUGUACUGUAAAUGAUCCAUGUUUAAAUGGAGGAACUUGUGAGAAUUCCGUUGAUCCUGAUACUGGGCUAUACAUAGCUGAAUGCCAAUGUUCAUCACCAUGGGGCGGACCUACUUGUGCACUGGGUAAUUUAAUAAAGCAGAAAUUAUAG